AAUACGAAAUCAAUCAAAAAUACAAAUUUAUCUGUUUAUCAUAUCAUUUAGUGUGUCAAUAAAAUUCGCAUUAAAAACAAUGCGGAUAUAUUGUCUAUAGCGCCGUAUCGCUUCACACCAUGAAAUGAAUUUCACAACUCAUAAACAAAAACAUUAUGUGAAUCUCUGAAAUCAAAACAAAUCUUAAUUUUAUUAAAAUUAAAUUCACCGACCGUGUGGAAUCAGACGACAUUCCUAGAAUACCUACAUGGCCAACAAACUUGGACAAAACAUAUUUUUUAUGCUAAUUAAACUUAAUUUUCAAAACAAUCAAAAAUCGACUUUUCUCAUUCAUGACGUCAAAAAAUUGCAUCGAUUAAUUCCUUGAAUUUCAAUUUGAAUUCGGUCCAGAUGCCGGUCUCACUCAUCUUAUAAAUCUGGUCUAACUUGAGUCAUUGACUGGGACAACAGUAUAACCAUGACGACAAUAAAAUAUCUCGCAUAGUCAUUCCGAUCAGGUUUUCGGAUAUUCUUUAAAGGUUUUUGGAUAUAAUUUCUGUGAAUGCCGGUGCUGUGUUUAGAUCAGUUUAAGAGUUCAACGUGUAAACAUUGUUUAAAGAUCAAAUCAAAAAGAAGCUAAACAAAAAAUGAAAAUUAUUUCGUUGCUUUUGAGCGUUUUAACGGUUGUGACAGUUCCUUCAGUGCAAGGAUAUGCGAUAGGAGUUGCAAAAUAUGGCAAAAUUGAAAAGUUUCCAUAUCAAGUGAUGCUGAUUGGAAGGCAGUUUUGGAAAAGGCGGGUUCUUUGUGGCGGAACAUUGCUAGACAAUGAAUGGGUAUUGACAGCAGCUCAUUGUGCUUCCGGUGUUACCCAUUUUGAUGUCCAUUUAGGCGCCAAAUUCUUCGAUUCAAAUUCAGAGACUGGAAGGGUGAUCAUGAGAACUGAUCAGUAUAUUGUUCAUGAAGAAUUCAAUCCCAAUUAUGCUGCACAUGAUAUUGCAUUGGUUAAACUUCCAGAACAUGUCCAAUUUUCGACAAAAAUUAAGCCAGCUAUUCUACCCAAUAAUUUUCAAGAAGAAACACUCGAAGGGAUGAAGGUGAUAGCAAGUGGAUGGGGAUCUCUGGGAGAAGGAACAAAUUCCGGUGCAAUGCAAUACACAGAACUUGCAGUCAUAUCAAAUAAAGAGUGUGUAUCGCAAUACAAUAAGGACAUUAUUACUGAGAAAGUCAUCUGUGCCAAAGGUUUGGAUCAGGAGACAGUGUGCACAGGAGACUCGGGUGGCCCACUUGUCUUGAAAGGAUCCCAAAUUAUAGUCGGAGUGACUAGUUUUGGACCGGCUGAUGGCUGUGAAACAAAUGUUGCUGGAGGAUUCACAAGAGUGACAAAAUAUCUGAAUUGGAUCAGAGAUAAGAUCAAUAGCAAUACAAAAGGACAUUCUAGUCCAAAGAAUAGUAUUGUGUAGUUAUGAAGAUUUUAUUUCAACAUAAGAUACCUACUCCUUUUGACUGAUAUUUAGAUACUUAGUGUAAAAUAUUGUGAUGUUGUAUAUAUUUUAUCUCAUAUUGAUUUGUGGUAUAUUUCAAGGACUAUAUUUUGAUUUAAAAACAAAAAUAAAAUCCUUGUAAUAGUGUAGGUUAUUUAAUUUAUUUUUUAUUAGAAUUAAGUAUUGAUUUAUGUUAAGGUGUAUUAUUUUUUUUAAAGAAUUUAAAUAUUAUAAUUUGCAUGC